UGACCAAAACACUAUCAUGGCGGCAGCCGCUGCUGUCCGGGCGAGCGUGGGACUGACGUCGAGAUUCGCUAAAGUCGCACCUGAUUGCAGUAUUUGCCCAUUUAAUCGGUUAAAUAUCUGCAAUAAAGCUAUGUUGGGUUCCACGAGGAGCCGGUCGAUCGACCGUUUCUCGGCCCCGAACAGACAGCUACAGACGUCGAUAACCCGGCACCAGAGCGAAGAGGGAAGCUCUAAAGUGGAAGACCCAGACGAGGAUGUCAUUAACGUGGUGUACAUUGAUCGGUCUGGACAGAGGACCCCGGUGAAGGCUAAAGUAGGAGAAAACGUCCUAUACCUGGCGCACAGGCACGGCGUCGAUCUUGAAGGGGCCUGUGAUGCAUCCUUGGCAUGUUCCACAUGUCAUGUUUAUGUAAAUAAUGAGUACUAUGAUAAGCUACCUGAGCCUGAUGAAAGGGAGGACGACAUGUUGGACAUGGCCCCUAUGCUACAGGAGAACUCUCGAUUGGGUUGCCAGAUCAUUUUGACCCCUGAGCUGGAUGGCAUUGAGCUGACCCUGCCCAAGGUCACACGGAACUUCUAUGUAGAUGGUCAUGUGCCCAAACAUCACUGAGGGGGCUGGGAGUGAAGGAAGAGUAAACAUGGAAGAAAUCUGCAACUCUGAGUAUGACCGUUUAAAGGGCCGAAGAGAAAUGUGGAAAACUUAAACCUCAAUCUUAUUUAUUUUUCUUGCAAGUAUGUCUAAGGAGUUUGGUGAAUGGUGAAUAAUUUCUUGAAAAUCGGCAUUAGCCUUUUUUCAAAAGAAACAGCGGAUUAUUUCCAGGGAUAUGUGGUCAGGAAUACCAUGUGGUGUCUAUAUAUUAAAAGGCACUUGAAGGUCUUGUGUUAAACUGUCCAGCUGACUAGAUUUGUAAAGCAACACGGGGAUGUUUUGCUUAGCUGGAAAACUGACAGCAGCAAAUUCUAUAAUCAACCUACAGAUCUGUCUUAUAAUUUCAGAAUUUGACAAGGGACAUUCCUCUUUAAGCAGUCAGAUGCGUAAUUAUAUUUUUCAAUAUUACAGUUAUUAAACAUCCCCCCCCCCAUCUCAUCUCAUCUCAUCUCAUCUCAUCUCAAUGUUGGAUUAAACAUUUUGUAGGCUAAAUGUUAUUUCAAGGCACAGGUUCUUAUUGCUCUAUUAUUCAGACCCAGCAUCCCAUGGGAGUGUUACACUAACUGAACUAAGCAUGUUUGCUAGGUGUCGAACUUUGCCUUCGUCAGUAUUAUGAGUGCACUCGUGUUUGUUUCUUUCACUACUGAAAUACACAAUGUUUUCUGUAACACGGGUGGGGUGGACUAGUUCAUCAUUUGUAUGCCCAUCUCUACUCUGCAAAAUGUACACAACACAUAGCCUUGCACCUACUGUAGGUUUUCUUUUUUUUUCUUUUUUUACAGAAAAUGUUUAAUAUUUGUUCAAUAAAAUAUUGCAUCCUCAAA